AUGGCCGCAUCCAAGCCUGCUCCCUACGACUUGAAGAUCGAGCCCAACGCCGACGCCAAGUUCCCGGCCGAGAAGGGCCGCUACCACCUCUACGUGGCGUACUCGUGCCCCUUUGCUAGUCGUUCGCUGGCGGCUCGUAACUUGCUGGGGCUCGAGGACGUCAUCGGCCUGUCGGUGGCGCACCCUGUGCCCCAGAAGACCAAACCAGACGACGAAAAUGAUUCGCACUCCGGUUGGGCAUUCAUCGACCCAGCGAAGACCCCCACGGUAACCGGCAAGAACGGCAAGGAGUUCUCCACCGCCGACUGCAUCCCCGACACAGUGAACGGUGCCAAGUUCGCUCGCGACCUGUACGAGAAGGUGGACCCCACGUCGCGCACGUUCUCGGUGCCGAUUCUGUGGGACAAGAAGACGCAGACCAUCGUGUCGGAGGAAUCUGCGGGCAUUCUCCGCACGCUUGACUCUGGUUUCCGGGACCUGGUGCCGUCGAAUUUCAACUUGUACCCGGAGGAGCUGCGCACUGAGAUCGAUGCUGCUAACGAUGGCGUCGUGACGGAGAUUACAAUGGGUUUCUUCAAGAAGCUCUUCGCUCGCACUCCCGAGGACGCUGCAGCGUCUGAGGCUAAGGUCUUUGAGGGGCUUGCCAAGUUGAACGAGCUGCUGGCCACGAAGCGCUACCUGGUUGGCAGCAGCGUGACGGAGGCCGAUGUGCGCCUGUUCCACACGCUGAUCCGCCUCGACGUGUUCCAGAAGAAGGCGAAUGAGAAGCAACUCGCAGACUUUCUGAACGUCGUGGGGUACUUGCGCGACCUGUACCAGAUUCCCGGACUCAAGAGCACGGUGAACUGGAACCACCUCAAGAUCAGCGCUGAGAACACCCAGCCUGGUGUUGCCGUGGAGGGCCCGCUUGUCGACUACGAAGCCGCCCACGAACGUGCUCUGCUUGCGUAA